AUGUUCACCACCCCCAGCGCGUUCACCUCCCCCCUCGGGCCUCUGCACUUCGCCGAGCCUUCCUCUUCAACCACCCUCGCAUCCCUCUUCUCCCGCGACUCCACUUCUUCCUCCUCAUCGAAGCGCCUCUCUCGCCCUACAAAGCGGAGCAAGCCCUCCCCCUCUCCCUCUGCCACUUCCUCAAAGGCAGCAAUCAGCAUCUCCGGACCGGUCCUCAUCUCGUCGUCGAACCCGCUCGUCGCCCCCACCGACUCGUCGUCCUUCGAACCCACCCUCCGCGCACCUUCACCACCGUACGGCUACGCACCAAGGACCUCGUCCCCGCCCCCGCCUUACGAAACCCUCCCUCCUCCUCUCUCUUCAUCCUCCACGUCCUCCGAGGAGGCCUUUUGCGGAAUGGUCGACCACCCGCUCCUCCCCUCCAGCCUUCUCGAAUCCCGUUUCGCCUCAUGGGAUACCGAGCGCCGCGCCCGCAAGACGGAGGAGGUGAAGCGGUGGGAUGGGAGGGUUGGCGGGGAGAUGAGGAGGUUGGGGUUGUAG